AUGUUUACUCGCGUGCUGCUCGUCAUUGCGGUGAUCCCGCUCCUCUAUCUCCUGCAAAGAUGGAAUACCCUGAGGAAGAGCCCGUUGAAUGAGCUGCCGGGGCCGUGGCACGCCAAAUGGAGCAAUUUUUCUCACUCGAGGCGCUUCCUGUCUGGCCGACAGCCAUAUGAAAUGAUUAAGCUGCACGAGAAAUACGGCCGCGUCGUGCGACACGCGCCCAAAGAAGUGUCCUUCAGCACGGCGCAAGCCUGGCGCGACAUCUACGGCCCGCGCAAGGGCCACCAAAAGUUCAUCAAGUCCGAGUUCUACGACGGCGGGCGGUUCGCGUCCGAGGCGCCGUCCAUCAUCACGGAGCGCGACCCGGACAAGCACGCCGUGUGGCGCAAGCAGCUGAGCACGGCGUUUUCGGACCGCACGAUGCGCGGCGUGGAGCGCAUCGUGGCGCGCGUCGUCGACGGCCUGGUCGACGAGAUGGACCGUCGCGCGGGCGCAGGGGCCGGGCCGACGACGACGACGACGACGACGGACAACCCCGUGCGCGGCGGCAACGUCGUCAACAUCGACCCGUUCUUCAACAUGGUGACGUUUGACAUCAUGGGCCACAUGUCGUUUGGCGUCGAGUUUGGCUGCGUCGCGAAGGGGAGGUUGCAUGAGUGGGGGAUGUUCCUCGCGGCGACGCUGCGCAUGAUGAGCGUCGUGGAUGCGCUCAAGAAGUUUCCCACGCUGGGCAAGAUUGGGCUCUGGCUGUUUUCCAAGCCCAUUAAUGCCAUGCUCGCGGAUAGGAACAAACACGAAAAGUACUCGCGGGACUUGGUCACGAUGCGUCUAGAGAACGAGCACCCCGACGCCAACGACUUCCUCUCGCACGCCAUCGCCGUGCAGCGGCAGGCCAAGAUGCCCGUCUCGAAGCUGCACCUCGCGGCCAUCGCCUCGGACCUCGUCAUCGCCGGCACCGAGACGUCGGCCACGGGCCUCGCCGGCACCUUCUACUACCUGCACGCGAACCCGCGCGCCGUCGCCAAGCUCCGGGACGAGAUCGACGCCGCGUUCCCGCAGUACGCCGACAUCACGCCCGCCGCCCUCGCGCGCCUCAAGUACCUCGACGCCGUCAUCAUGGAGGCCCUGCGCAUGUACCCGCCGCUGCCCGUCGCGCUGCACCGCCUCGUCCCGCCGGGGGGCGACACCGUGCACGGCUUGUGGCUGCCUGGAGGGACCGUCGUGUCCGUCAACCCCCUCGCGGCAAACUACUCGCCCGAAAACUUCUCCGACCCGUGGACCUACAAGCCCGAGCGCUGGACCGACCCCAGCUGCACCGACGACCUCGACGCCUGCCGGCCCUUUUCGCUGGGCACGCGCAACUGCAUCGGACAAAACCUUGCGUGGAUGGAGAUGCGCAUGACGCUCGCCAAGCUCCUCUACAGGUUCGAAUUCGAGCUCGACGACCCAAAGCUGGAUUGGCACGGCGAGUCUAGGAUGCACUCGCUGUGGGAGAGCCCACCCCUCUGGGUGCGGAUCAAGCGGCGCGAGAAGACAUGA